CCCAUUCGCAACAGGCUUAUCUCUACAAAGCGAGUGACCUAAAACAAAAACAUUUUUGUUGAAACUGCGUAUUACCUACUAUUCCUUUGUGAAAUUUCUGCUAAAGACACUGGUUAAAGAUAAUAUCCCACUGAAAUACCCAACUUUUAUUACGCGCCCGCCAAUCUUGACGUCACCCGGCCAGUCUUGCGUGAGAGAGAUCUGCCAUACUAAAAACCCAAGCAUCUACUUCAUUUAAUUACAGGUUCAACAGAAAGUCAGCUGUUUUCAUGUCUUCAGCCACAGGUGCUUCCCCGAAACAUGCUUCUUACACGCCCCUUCAAAUUCCUCACCUUAGGUACCGCUCUUCACCCUCCAUUCUCGCCGUUGGGGUCAACGAAAUCGUCCUGGGUCCACCCGAUAGAGUCGCAGACAUUAUCGAACACGAAGAACGCAAACGGUGGAAGCUCGGACUCUACUUGAUAGCCAUGGCUGUGGUCACUUGGGUACUGUGCACCGAACUUAUGAACGUGGUAUUGAAAGGAAACGAGUACCACUGCGCGUUUCUCAUGUCCUACAUCCUGGGAAGCUGCUUCUCCCUCUACCUCUUGCCGGAAAUGUGGCUGAAAUUCCGUUCCCAGCCUUUGGGUAGUGAGUGUGAACCCCUACUUCCUGACGAAGCGUCUGACUCUUCCGAGUUGUACACCACAACCAAGGAGCUUGGCCACAGAGAAACCAUCAUUCUUGCGACAGAGGUUGGGUUUAUUUACUUUUUUUACAACGUGUUCGUGGCUAGCAGUCUCAAAUACACUAAUGCCUCUGACCAAACAAUUCUUUCCACCACCAGUAGCAUUUUUACGCUUUUGAUGGGAGUAUGGGCCAAUGUGGAAAAGUUCACCCUCUUCAAGCUCCUCUCAUUAGUGGUGAGUUUUGUGGGGAUCAUUCUCAUCAACAUAAAGGCUAAUGGGGGACAGAUUAGUCUGGUUGUCUACUUUUUAACCAUGGACGAUACCUACAAGCCCAAGAAUCCGCUCUUAGGAAACUGUUUCGCCAUCAUGGCAUCCGUGAUGUACUCUCUUUACCUCGUACUCUUGAAAGUGAGAAUCGGAAACGACGUCACUGUCAAUGAGCGCCACGUUUUCGGACUUGUGGGUGUAGCUACGCUCUUAACGUGUUGGCCGCUUAUCAUCUUGGCACACUACACUGGCUUUGAAACGUUUGCAUUGCCUCCUUCGACCACAGUUUGGCUCAUGCUCGGGGUCAAUGGAGUGUUUCUGGUGAUUUCAGACUACUGUGUGGCGUUGGCAAUGUUGUUGACAUCACCUGUUAUCACCUCUCUAUCUCUCACCACCGCCAUCCCCCUGACCAUGAUCUGUGAUUCGGUUUUCUUUGGGGUGGCGAAUGGUGGAAUGCUCUAUUAUCUCGGCAUUUGCUUGAUUUUCUCAUCUUUUGUCCUCAUCAACGUAUCCUCCCGAGACGAGAUGGUUGAGGUGGCAUUGGAUACCGCCAUUGGUUCGGCCAUUACCCGUGACGGGCACCUUACUCCCUUAUUAUCCCCACUUUUAUCCUCCUCGCCGCGCUCUUAUGCUCAUUCCCCCUCAUAUACUCCUAAAACUGCCAAAACCCCUGUUCUUUCCCGGUUUAGGAAUGUCGUCAGUGCCAGCGAUGCGGAGGCUGAUCUGCCUUUAGCGUUACCCCUGCUGCUCAGAAAUGACAUGGGAUACUUCGACCUCAAUCAUGAUGUUGAGGGUAGUAUCGACAACCUACUUGAGCUACCAGACAAUGGAGCCAUCCAAGAGCGUGGGGAGUAUCCUCAGAUUUUGGUCCGAGGGGGGAUGAACCAUAAGUAUACGAUUAAAGACGUGGGAGAUCAUGAUGUGUAACUUUCCCUGUGAAAACUGAGAUACUAUUAUCGGUUUUUAGAUUUAUUUCUUCACUGAUAUCAGUGUCUAUAUUUUCUUAAAGCCACUUUCUCUUAGAUAACAUGGAUUCUAUCUGUAUCUAUGGAACGUUCAUUACCUCGGCCAUAGCUAAAGUGUGAAAUACCGGCCUUCUUCACACCCUCACUUGAUCUAAUUUUCAC